AUGAAAUCAUCUGCCCCUAAUGGUAGCUUGCAACUUUAAGUUGCUACAACUACUCCAACUAAGAAUUAGUCUUAAAAAGCCCUUUACUUUAAGCAACAUCGACAAAACCUUGAAUAGGAGAUAUUUAGCCUUGUUAAUACUGAAGUCAUUGCUAAAAAUGAGGAAAACAUCAGCAAAUUAGCUAAUGAUCAGUUACAAAUUGAGAAUUAAGACAUCCACGAGUUUUUUUAAUAAGAGAAACAAGCUUAGUUGAAGGCAGAUAUUGCUAGAUUAAAGGCCAAAUAAAGUCUCAAUAUACAUCCUGACAUAAAAUAAAGUCUACUUAAUAAGGAUCUAGCUGGUGUUGGAUUGUAACUUCAACCUAUCUAGGAAAGAAAUAAAACCCCAAAGAGCAAAAAGCCUAAUAUACUUCAGCAGAAUGAAUAGUCUCAAUAAAACUAAGCAUAAAUAGUUCAAAUUAGAGAAAGUUCUGAUAAUGAACAAAAUUCUGUGAUUAUUUAAGACCAAUCUUAGCCAGUUGAUAAUAGAUUGUUUGUGAAAAAAUUAAAUUAGGAACGCAAGUUGAGAGAACAGCUAAAGGCAUAAAAAGCAAGGUUAGCAGAGUAAAGGUACCAGGAAGAAAUAGAGGAAAGGCAAAGGAAACUAGAAGAAGAUUUGCAAAAGAGAGAAAUCGAUAGAGAGAGGAAAAGAGAAGAGACUGAGAAAAGAAUAUAGGAUAGAUUAUAACAGAGAUAUUUGUCGUAGUAAAAAAUGAUUGUGGAAACGAAAAAGAUUAGUCAUAAUCCUAAACUAUAUAGAGAAUUUGAGGAAAAAUUUGCCCAAGUAUAAUAGCAACUUGAGCAUGAAAGGCUAUAGAAGCUAUAGUAAAUGAGAGAGUAGUAUGUGCCAAAGAAUAACUUUAAAGACCAUAUGGAUGGAUAAUUUAGGAAAUAUGAUGAUAUCUUAAGAGAGAAGAAAGAUGAGCUGAGACGUAAGAGAGGGGCAUUUGAAAAUCCACAAUAAUAAUACUCAUAAAAUGACAUAAACAAGUAUAAGUCUAAAUUUUAUGAGGAGCAGAUAGCUAAGGAUCGAGAGUUUAAGCUAAAUCAUGAUAAGUCCAAAUAAGAAAAGAAAAGACUGCAUGAUAAAGUUGAUAGUUAUGCAAAAUAUGUGAAGGAAAUGUACUGGCCAUAAGCAUCUGAUAACAAAAGAGAAGAGCUAGAUUUGCAAAUAUAAAAUCUCAAGCAUCCAGUAAGAAAGCCCUAAGAUUUUCCACCCUAGAUAUCAAAUAGGAGGGAUAAUAGCAAUAAAAGAUAAAGUAGCACAGCUGAUAAUCAAUAGAAUUAUAAAUUCAAGGGAAAUUUUAGAAGAUCAGAAGGCGCAGAUGUUAUAGGAUAGGAAAUAAGGGAAUCCGGAAUUGGUAUAAGCAAUCAACAAUAUAAUGGUGGCACAAGCGGAUUUAUGUCAGAACCUGAGUCAAUGCCUAAAAUCUCAAAAAAUAGAUAAAGUGAUAUUAGUCAUUAGCACAAUAAUAACGGAAAUUAAUUGAGCUAGAUCUCAUCGUAACCUCAAAUUUAAACAGUAAAUCAAAUAAACGGAAAUAGCAUGAUUAAUAAGAAUUCAGUCCAUGGGAGACCAAGCAGAUUAGUUAAUCUAAAGCAGCAAUAGCAAUACAAAAAUUAAGAGUUUGAAAAUGAUAUAAAUGGAUUUAAUGUGCCAGUAGAUGAUGUUUCUGAUGACUAUGUAGAUAAUAUAAAAUCUAAGCUGCAGCUUUUGGAUUAGAUUUGA